UCUGAUGGUCGUGGUACCUCAACGGACCAGUCAGUGCCAUGCAUAACGCAUGAGAGAGUCACGUCCUGCACUUCUCUCUUGGUUUUUUCGAAUUUUUUUUUUUUUUUCGUCCAUCGGAUUUCGGAAAAAGCGGUCGCGCUUGGAAACUGGCAAGGCGCGAAAGGUGAUCGUCUCGUACUGGUCCGGUCGGUGUGACAAAGUGUGCGUGCAACACGUUUGCACGUUGUGUGUCGGCCUGCAGUCGAAAGAAAUCGGUUGGCCUCAGACGACGUGUGCGCGACGGCCGAUCCAAGAGGAAAACCAAGUUGUUGGUUUGAUCGCAAUCGUCCAGUUCGGGACAAACAAGAGACGGGCGUGUGAUGCAGUGUCGACGAGUGCAGGGCAUUUGAAAUCGAAAGACGGGAAUUACAGCGUGCAGGUGUGAAAGAGUGCAGCCAUCGUUUUCAGUUGGUUUCGGGAAACAUCGAAACAUCGAAAACAUCGGCCAAAAUCCAUCCAAAAAGGUCAAUGGCUACGGCCACGUACCUCGGCCACCAUCAGCAGCAGCCGACGGAUCACCACCACCACCAUCCGGCUCACCACCACCACCACCACCACCAUUUGCAUCAUCACGCACUAGUGGCGGCGGCUGCGGCUGCGGCUCACCAAGAAUCGGUGCAGCAAGGAAAUAAUUCGGCCAGUGGCAACAGCGGAGGCGGAGGUGGAGGCGCAGGCAGAAUGAACUUGGUGAACGCGUCGCAAAGCGGAGCGCCGGGCGGAGGAGGGUAUCAGAGCGCGGGCGGAGGCAACGGCUCCAGUUCGCCGCAUCACAGGGAACACGGCCACGAGAUGAAGUACAUGGUGGCGGCGGCCGCAGCGGCCGCCGCCGGCCAUCCGGCCGCUCUCAUGUCGCACAAUCCGUGGUCGGAUGCGGGCAUCCAUCCGGGCGCGGCGGCCCAUCAUUGGGCGUCGAUGCAUUCGGUCCACGCUCACGCCACUCUGCAUCCGCACCAUCAGGAUAUCAAACCGCAGGCCGGCGAUUUGGUGGCCAUCCAACAUCAUCGAGGCGGAGGCGGAGGAGGCGGAGGAGGCGGAGGUAACAACCAACAGCAAUCGUCAUCCGGACAUUCGGCCAGCGGCGGAUGGCAUUCGGCCGUUUCGGUCUCCUCACCGUACAUGUCGUCCGGCGGUGGAUCUCCUAUCCAACACCCGAAUUACCCGGGCGCGAUGAACGGAAUGGGCGGUUCGCAAUUGCACGGCCAUCCGCACCACAACAAUUCGGCCAAUCAUCACCACUCGUCGAUGGUGGGCCGAGGGCCGAGCGAGGGCUCCGGCGUCGGCAGUCCGUUGAGUCACGGCAACCACGACGCGCACGACCUGCGCGAUCACGGCCACCUGGACUCGCACCACGUCGGCCACGGCCACUUGCACGGCCACGGCCACGGCCAGCACAGCGGCGGUGGCGGCGGCGGGCCUCAUUCGGGCGCCGGAAGCGACAUGGGCGGCGACCCGUCGGAAGAGGAGAACCCGACGUCCGACGACCUGGAAGCCUUCGCCAAACAGUUCAAACAGCGGCGCAUCAAGUUGGGCUUCACGCAGGCCGACGUCGGCCUGGCGCUGGGCACGCUCUACGGCAACGUCUUCUCGCAGACGACCAUCUGCCGCUUCGAGGCGCUGCAGCUCAGCUUCAAGAACAUGUGCAAACUGAAGCCGCUGCUUCAGAAGUGGCUGGAAGAGGCCGACUCGACGACCGGCUCGCCGACCAGCAUCGACAAGAUCGCCGCCCAGGGCCGCAAGCGCAAGAAGCGGACGUCGAUCGAAGUGUCGGUGAAGGGCGCGCUGGAGCAGCACUUCCACAAGCAGCCGAAACCGUCGGCCCAGGAGAUCGCCUCGCUGGCCGACUCGCUGCAGCUCGAGAAGGAGGUGGUGCGCGUCUGGUUCUGCAACCGCCGUCAGAAGGAGAAGCGCAUGACGCCGCCCAUGCCCAACGGUCCCAACUCAUCGCCGCUAAGAGGAUCGAUGGCCGAUUACGGCGGACCGGCCGGCAUGGACCAGCAGCACCACCAGGGCUACCUGCCCGGCCAUCCGUUGCAUUCGGACCAUCUGAUUGGAUUGCACGGCGGCCAUCCGUCGCCCGGCAUGAUGCAGCAGCAGCAGCAGCAGCAACAACAACAACAACACGGCCACAGUCCGCCUAUGCUCUCACCCCAAUCUCUGCCACCGUCUCAUUCGCAGUCGUUAACGGCCCAUUAAAUUGCAACCCCGACGGGGGUUAGUCCGCAAUUUAUAUAUUAUACAUAGACAUUUUUUAUUUGUCUUUUUUUUUUUUAAUAUUUUUGAUUUUAUAAAAAGCUAUCAACAUUUUGUCCGUUCUUUUUUUUUUCUAUUUAACAAUUGUUUGAAUUUCUCAGCCUGUUAUCUAUACAUACGCAAAACUAUACGUUUUUUUUUUUCAUUGGUUUCUUUGAUCAGGGGGGUUGUGUUGUGUUGCCCACCUUCAUUUCCGAUUGUCUGGUGUUUUCCGACGGGAAAAAAAAGGCGGACAACAAAACCUUUGUACCAAAGUUUCGCAAUUCAUUUGUUUUUUUUUGUUUUCCGCCUCACUCCCCCGCGCACUUGUCUGACACAGAAAAUUGGCAACAUCGAAAACGCGAAGAAAAUAGUUUCCAGUGGUUCGUGUGUGUGUGUGUGUGUGUGUGUGCACAACAACAAUCAGUGCAUGUACAUCGAAUAUUUGGCAGUGAAAACGAAGAUGCGUUCGUGAAAUCAUGGCGGACAUCACACGGAAACAAAAGUGGAUCGCAACGAAUCGCCGAGAUUUGAUUUGUGAAAGGAACUAAAGUCGAGAGGUGUGACACAACGGCUGAUGUCUAUAGAGAGUGGGGGGGGAGGACUGUUUACAUAUACAGGGACGUGUGUUUAAGGUGCGGGUUUGCAUCGACACGACACCGAAAGAAAAGAAGAAAGGGCCUACACACAUCUAUAAUGCUCGGCUGCCAUGUCUAUAAAGGAAAAGAAGAAUCCAGAAGGGCAUUACAAGAAAGAGCCUCUGGGCUGUGGAUGGACGGCGGCUAGCAACCUCUUCUUCUCUUACCUUUCCUUCUUUCCACAGACAAGAAAAAACUGGCCACUCUAUAAUUCAUUGUUUCCUUCUUCUCCAGUUUGCAGAGAGAAAAAAAAAAAAAGGCCUUUAUUUGCACCGAUGUUUGCAUACAUGCGCCGAAUCGAUGUGGCUUGUUGGUCUAUUUUCGAAAAAUAUCAAAAGAAAUAAGUCUAUUACAGCUUCUAAGAGCUUCUGCAGUUGCUGGGGCUUUCUUUUCCUAUACAGAGCCGAGCUGCUGUUACACACACGACACACACACGGCUUUAAAGCGAGAGAGAGAGAGAGAGCUCGGCUGAUUUCCUGCCUAGAUUGGAAAGUAUAUGUACAUGCUGAGGCAGGAGGAGGGGGAUAGUUUAAGUUCUCACGUCACGUCCUCGGCGCGCCGCGCUGCCGCUCAACUCACAUGAGCUCAACUUCUCUCUCUCUCUCGUUCCUUAUUUUCUCUCUUUUUUUUUUUUUUCUUUUUCCUGGGCGAACCCCCUGAAAAAAAGGAAAAAAAGAAAAAGCGUUUGGUUAUACGAGAGACUCUAUGAGAAACGUGAGGGUCGAUCGAGGAAAGAAAAAGGAACGAUAGUUUGUGCUACUAUAUAACUAUACAUAUAUAGAAUGAAAAAAAAAAAUUAUGUAUUUAUAUUUAAAAAAAAAAAAGGGGGGGGG